UAUAUAUAAAGGCGCUCUCCGCGCGUGAACGCGGUUUAUAUCAUCACCACAGUUGAUACGCGACGGACGUGUCGAUCGUGAUCGUAUAAUUUUAGAGUUGAGUUAGUUAGUGAGCGAGUUCGAGCAGUCGUCGUAAUGGCACGUACAAAGCAGACAGCCCGUAAGUCCACCGGCGGUAAGGCGCCGCGAAAGCAGCUCGCCACAAAGGCGGCCCGCAAGAGCGCUCCCGCCACCGGCGGCGUGAAGAAGCCUCACCGUUACAGGCCCGGCACCGUCGCGCUGAGAGAGAUCCGUCGCUACCAGAAGAGUACCGAGCUGUUGAUCCGCAAGUUGCCGUUCCAACGUCUGGUGAGGGAGAUUGCGCAGGACUUCAAGACCGACCUCAGGUUCCAGAGCUCCGCCGUGAUGGCGCUUCAGGAGGCGAGCGAGGCGUAUCUGGUGGGUCUCUUCGAGGACACCAACCUGUGCGCCAUUCACGCCAAGCGAGUGACGAUCAUGCCCAAGGACAUCCAACUGGCGAGACGCAUUCGCGGCGAGCGAUCGUAUAAUUUUAGAGUUGAGUUAGUUAGUGAGCGAGUUCGAGCAGUCGUCGUAAUGGCACGUACAAAGCAGACAGCCCGUAAGUCCACCGGCGGUAAGGCGCCGCGAAAGCAGCUCGCCACAAAGGCGGCCCGCAAGAGCGCUCCCGCCACCGGCGGCGUGAAGAAGCCUCACCGUUACAGGCCCGGCACCGUCGCGCUGAGAGAGAUCCGUCGCUACCAGAAGAGUACCGAGCUGUUGAUCCGCAAGUUGCCGUUCCAACGUCUGGUGAGGGAGAUUGCGCAGGACUUCAAGACCGACCUCAGGUUCCAGAGCUCCGCCGUGAUGGCGCUUCAGGAGGCGAGCGAGGCGUAUCUGGUGGGUCUCUUCGAGGACACCAACCUGUGCGCCAUUCACGCCAAGCGAGUGACGAUCAUGCCCAAGGACAUCCAACUGGCGAGACGCAUUCGCGGCGAGCGUGCUUAAUUUUGCGUAAUAUGUAUACAUAACAUAACAUAUUAUUAUUAUUAUUAUUACUACAACAAAAGGCCCUUUUCAGGGCCGCA